AUGGUGAGGCACCCCUUUGCCAGGCUUGUCUCUGCCUAUAGAGACAAGUUCUUGAACGGCGAUCCACUUCACAGAUACAAUGAUGAAUGGCGUAAUAUCACUCAGAGCAAAGAUUCUUGGGGGACUCGCUUCGUUAAGUACUGGCUGCCAACACUCAUCUCUACGGGAACUGUGACACAGACUCCAGAGUUCAAAGAGACGUUACGCAAAAUCAGGGAGGUGUACCACAGGUACACGAGUCACCACGUUGACCAGACCGGAGCACUUUUGUGGUAUCCAUCGGUACAGGAGGAGGAGUUCUAUGGUGAACAAGUAAUGGAGACAGCAUACAAUAUGUUGCACACUGGACCUUAUAUUGGGGUAAUUAAUGCCUGCAUGAACACCUAUAGUUUAACCAAUACAAUGGAACGGUUCAAGAACGCCUCGUUUACGUUCAGCCAGUUCCUGCGCCACGUGGUCUGGACUCACGACCAGGGCAUGCCAGACGUGCACUGGAUGACAUACACUGAGAACUGUGAUCCCUGCCGGAGGAGGCUGGACUACAUCCUGAAGCUGGAGACGAUCCAGGAAGAAAUCAACCACUUGUUCCAACACGUGCUCGGUUACUCUGAGAAGAUCAGUUUUCCGGUGCGGCAUCGCAGCUUUGGCCACUCGCUGGGCCACUCCGACCGCCAGUACUAUGCUAGCGUGAGUCCCGAGCUGAUGCAGCGCAUAGUGCAUAUUUACAGGCACGACUUUGCACUUUUUGGGUACAAGCACGAUGUGUACUAG